GCGGUAAAGCAAGACCCGCGAAUGGCGAGUAUUUAUAAUCCCUCGGCGCUCGGUUUCUAACUCCUUAAUUGCGAUAAGAAUUGCGUACAACGGAGGCACCAGGGUAAUGUGCAUGGUACUAUGAAUUCUUCUUUGAUUAGAAAAUAAUAUCAAUUAUACCAUCAAAGAUCUAACGAGGAGAUAAUGGCUUCGUAGAUACCUAGCUAUAGUAUAACAGACGAUUUGGUGGGCGGGACGAAUGCUCUCGUCUUCACACAAUGUGACAAAUUUCAUCAACCUAUAUAACGUUGUACACAUGCACUGUUGACGAUUGGCUGACCUGCGUUUAAAUUGGAUAUAAACACGGGGAGAAGGAACUGCGGGGAGGGGGGGAAAAUCGGUUCGACUAUUCAUUCACGUGCUAGAUGCAGAGACUCAGUGUAUACGCGACUCGAUUCCUUGCCAGACGCGAAAUCAUCCAGAGACCGGAGGAACUGAGCUGCAAUCCUCAACAAUUCUAUCCUCUUCGAUUCAACCCAAUGGAAUUUGCUCAGUGAUCGGCGUAGAAGAGUAAUCCCAACAUAUGUUAUCCAAUUUUAUAAUAUAGAGAAUAUACUUUGAUAUAAGUUUUGACAAAACUUAGAUGAGAGUACACGGUGUGGAAAUUGGCAGUGAGAUAAUUCCUGGGAUAGCCAUAACAAUCUGCGACGACCGUUACGACUGCGUUUUAUCACGGAGGAGAGGAAGAAGACCUUUGACGAAGACAAGAUGAGCUGCUCCUCUGCACCGACUGCUGUCAAUAAGGGAUGCGAGACCCUUCUCAGCAAAUGCGAGAUCCCGAUUAUAGACCUCGAGCAUAUGGGGACGGAACGCUGUCCCCAAAAAGGAGUUGUUAAACAAGUUGCCCCGAAGCUCCUAAAAGCACUUUCCGAAAGAGGAUUGGCCCUUCUUGUUAACCACGGGAUACCGGAUUGCAAGCUGAAAGCGGUUUACAGAGCGUUGGAUGGAUUUUGCGAAUUACCUGACGAGGAGCGUGUCAAGUAUGAAAGAAAUGCGGCAUCUAAUCACGGAUACGUGAAACCUGGAUUAGAAAAAUCUGCCGAAGACGAGGACAAGGAGCCGAGGCAUGCGUUCAAUGUAACUGGGAGCGGCGGUGUUUUGCCGGAAAAGGAAGUUCCAGGUUUUCGCGACGCGGUCGACGAGCUUGCCCGUGAUUUGAAAUCUCUAUCUGCUAUGCUUCUAACCACCCUCGCCGUGGCGCUUGAGCAACCGCCGGAUUUCCUGCUUUCGAAACACACCAGAAUUUUGGGAUCAGGAAACGAAUCCACCCUGCGUCUCCUCUAUUAUCCACCAUUGGGAGCUCCUGUUCCUGGACUGACUCGUUGCGGUGCUCAUCGAGAUUACGGAACCUUCACGUUACUCGCACAGGAUAGCGAAGGGGGUCUCGAGGUGCAAACGCCUCACGGCGAGCGUUGGAGUCGUGUUGGUCAUCUUCCGGGGGCGAUACUUGUGAACACUGGUGACAUAUUGGCCGCAUGGACGAGGGAUCAGCUUCCAGCCCUUCGGCACAGAGUCGUGAUACCUGAGUUGUGCGGUCGAGGACGUCAUUCGAUAGCAUUUUUCGUUCAUCCGGAUAACGACACGCUGAUUGAGCCACUGGAUACUAAAUUGACGGCCAGCGUUCAGGAAUCAGCGCCGUGCAGACUGCAGAAGAAGAAGAACGGCGUUCUGACCGCCUACCAACACCUUCAACGUCGGUUUCGGGAAACCUAUGCGUCUUAACGAAAAUUGAUUACUUUUCUCCGUUUGUCUUAUUUAAAUUCUAUCUUCAGAGCGAAAUGUAAUUUUUUGCUUUUUUUCUUGUUCGCUUCGACGCCGAUCGAUCGGCUUGUACUAUCCGCAUAUACGAUUUAUACUUAGGUUGAGUUAUGGUUACUCGUUACCAUUGAUGGUUUUUUCCCCUUCUUACACAAUAUGUAUUGUUAUUAUUAUCAUCUUUAUUUUUAUUAUUAUAAAACAAAAUUGAUAAUACAUAUAUGUAUGCAUAGCGUAUAAUAUCGUUUGCAGUAUAGUCGCGGGUUUAAUUUUUAUUAUUGUUAUUAUUUUACGACGUAAAAUUAACCGCCCAGUCAUUUCUCGGCGAUCAAAUACCUUUCGCACUGAGUAAUUUCAAUAUACAAUACACGUGCGUGAAAAAGAAAAGAUAUAUUUAUUAUACAAAAAUUGACGUUUUUAGUUUUCAUUCUUCAAUGCAGAAUACGCCUUAUGUAUGAACGUGAUGAGGGGUUACGUUUUAUUGACGUGCACGCACCGAUUCAAGAAGAUCGGUUCAUCCGUUUUUCUUAUCUCCUAGUUAGAUGAAUUCCAUGUAUUUGUAUCUUGCAAAUACCCUGUCGUAAUUAUUAUUAAUAUUGUUGUUGUUGCUUUUGCUCCCAAACACAUAGGAAGAGAAAUUAAGCCAGUAUUACUCGUGCGUCUUUUCCUUUUUUUUUCACGCCAAGGUUGUCUACUUAAGUCUUUUAAUGAUAAUAUUGUUCGUCUUGAAGAUAAGUGAAAAGAUUGAUUUGUGUUUUGUCAUUCAAUUUCUUUUUGCAACAAAACACUCUUAAGCAAAUAAAUUCUAGGUAACAUUUGUAGUAAUUCAAACGUAUUGAUGUAUCCGUGUAUCGUCAUUGUAAUCAGUGUGAUCACACGCAGAAGUUAAAAUCACGGACACAUUUUAAGUGUAAAUGAAUUAAUUGCGAAAUUGCAAUCGAGAAAACCGAAUAAAAAGUGUACAUUAAUGAUAGAUAUCCUUGUACGAUUUGGCGAUAAGAUAUUUUUGGAUAACAUGUUUACCGUUUUGUAUUCUAAAUUAAGAAUGAAUGGAACGCGGACAAACUCUUUUAUCAUUGUAAAUUGAAAUUAUAUCGAUUAUUGGUAUAUAAAAAAAAUCCAAGAAAAAAAACUGCUUGAUACAAGAGAGAAAAAACUGUAAAUUGUAUAAUAAUAACAAUAUUAAGAGCGAAACAUGGAGAAAAACACGCACACAAACAGACACACACACACACACGUACUGUGGAGUCUGAAGCAAUAAUAAACUGAAUUUGUACUUACCGUUCGAUAAA